AUGUUACUGAAAGCGGUGAUAUUCGCUUUUUUACUGCUCGCCUUCGCAUCGGCUCUGCCGCAACGAUCCAAUUUGAGAUCGAAGGCCAGCUCUAAAACCACCAAUGUCGGAUCCACUUCGGACAAAGAAUUAGACACGAGCGAAUCCAGAAGGACAAACCAAUACGAGGAUCAAUACGAUCAAAGCAAACAAUACAAUUACAAUGAAGAAUACGACAGGGAAAAUCAAGGAUCCAGGAACAGGCGACAGCAGUAUCAAGAUUCAAGAAACGCUUAUAUAACUAGAUACGAUUUUGAUACUGAAGGUUAUGGACAAUACAAUUAUAAUGUAAGUCAAAGCGAUGGCAUUUACAACGAGCAGCACGGUGAGGUGGAAAAUCAAGGAACUGACGAUGAAUCCUCGAGAGUGUACGGUUAUUACGCGUAUCCCGGUCCAGAUGGAGUGUAUUAUUACGUGGAGUAUGUAGCAGAUAAAGACGGUUUCCGACCUGCUGGAGACCACAUUCCUAAAUCGGCCAGCGUGGGAAAAGUCGGACAAUUAGGCAUUCCUUCUGCUGCUCUUGCUUCGUUGGCUGGAGGUGGUUUAGGAUAA